UAGGAUUGGCUUUCUCUGCUGUCAAUCGUUGAAGAAGAAAAAAAAACAACAACAACGGUUGCGUAAUCCGUAUCGAGGCUGAGCGUUUUGUUCAAACUAUCCAGCGGUGAUAUUAUUGAUAUAUAAAGAACAUCGUUUUCAUUAAAUAAAGAGUAUAAUUGUUUUUUUUUUUUUUUGUGUUUUUUUUUUUUACAGGUGAUGGAAAUUGCAAUAAAAUAAAUAAAUAAACAAUAACAAUUUCUCCACACAACGGGAUUUUUAAAAAUUUAAAUUCAACAUUUCUUCCUAAUUCUACAAACGAACAUUAUAUAUUACUAUUGUGUAUAUACACCAGCAUUUUCUAUUUAUUUAUUUAUUUUUUUUAGAGCGAAUAUAAGUUUACGCAAAUGCGCGGUCCGCGACGCGCUGUGCGGAUUUGUAGUUUCUGAAGCCCUGCGCUAUCGCCGACGCGGACGCUUUGCCCGCGCUCAGAAAACUACAGUCACCCACAAUGCUCUGCGCGCCGAUGAAAACACGUCAACGAGCCAGUGAACGUUGAGCGGAGCGGACCAAAAAUCCCAAACAAGGAAAUGGUGGGGGGAAAAAAAAACAACAGCGAUCCGAUUAUUUAAUUAAUGCGUGGCAUAAUUAAUAUUUUAUUGGAUUGUCAAUUAAGGGAAUAUUUAUGGGUUAAACAACAAAAAAAAUGGAUUACGACUUCAAAACGAAGCUGGCCGCCGAACGGGAGAGAGUGGAAGAUCUGUUCGAAUAUGAAGGUUGCAAAGUGGGUCGCGGCACCUACGGGCAUGUUUAUAAAGCCAAGCGCAAAGAUGGGAAGGACGAGAAGGAGUACGCUCUCAAACAGAUCGAAGGCACCGGUAUCUCCAUGUCCGCUUGCCGAGAGAUCGCGUUGCUGAGGGAGCUGAAGCACCCGAAUGUCAUCGCACUACAGAAAGUGUUUUUGUCACACAGCGAUCGGAAAGUGUGGCUCCUUUUCGACUACGCAGAGCACGAUCUGUGGCACAUCAUAAAGUUCCACCGGGCGUCGAAGGCCAAUAAGAAGCCGAUGCAGCUGCCGAGAGGAAUGGUGAAGUCUCUGCUGUACCAGAUCCUGGACGGCAUCCACUACCUCCACGCCAACUGGGUCCUACACCGAGACCUGAAACCUGCCAAUAUCCUGGUGAUGGGGGAGGGUCCCGAACGGGGGAGGGUCAAAAUCGCGGACAUGGGAUUUGCUCGACUCUUCAAUUCUCCUCUGAAGCCUUUGGCUGAUUUGGAUCCGGUCGUGGUUACAUUCUGGUAUCGAGCGCCUGAACUGCUUCUGGGAGCUCGACACUACACCAAAGCAAUCGACAUCUGGGCGAUCGGCUGCAUCUUCGCGGAGCUGCUCACGUCCGAGCCGAUAUUUCACUGCCGUCAGGAGGACAUCAAAACCAGCAACCCGUUCCACCACGACCAGCUGGACCGCAUCUUCAGCGUCAUGGGCUUCCCCGCAGACAAAGACUGGGAAGACAUCCGGAAGAUGCCGGAGUAUCCGACCCUGCAGAAGGACUUCAGAAGAACGACGUACGCCAACAGCAGCCUCAUCAAAUACAUGGAGAAGCAUAAAGUGAAACCGGACAGCAAAGUCUUUUUGUUGCUCCAGAAACUUCUGACCAUGGACCCCACCAAGAGGAUUACGUCCGAACAGGCACUGCAAGACCCCUAUUUCCUGGAGGACCCCUUACCUACAUCAGAUGUAUUUGCAGGAUGCCAAAUCCCAUACCCCAAACGCGAGUUCCUCAACGAGGACGAACCUGAAGAGAAGACGGAGAAGAACCAGACGCAACAGCACCAGCAGACGCAGGCGCAGACGCAAACGCAGGCGCAACAGGCUCCCUCGCAGCAGAGCUCGGCUCAGACCAACGGCACGUCGGGGGGGACCACGGGACCCACCAUGCAGCACGCAGGCCAGGAGCAGGGGCCCCCCAACAAGAAGAGCCGCACCACCGGGGCCAACGUGCUCCAGACAGACUACCAGCACUCCAGUUCGCGCCUCGGUUACCAAAGCAACGUCCAAGGCACCACCCAGUCUCAAAGCACUAUGGGAUAUUCGUCCACAUCUCAGCAAAGCUCCCAGUACUCUCAUCAGUCUCACCGCUACUAAGGCGUGGAAACAUUGACGGCUCGCGCUAAUCCAUGAACACGAACGCAGGUCUCGCUGCCAUUUUUAUAUAUACACUCGUGGAGACUUCCUUCUCCCUGCCUUCCCACCUGUACCGCUCCCUUCUCAUUCUCACUUCCUUUACACUUCUGCGCUUUCAGCUCGAGAUGCGUACGCUGCCGAUACCAGCAGAUAAGAUGACUUUUAUGAAGCAGCACCUCCCAUGCUCAGCUACUCCUCCCAGGAGCCUUGGAGCUCAGAUGAACCCUGUGAGGAGAAGCAACACCAGCGUCCUAACCCUUAGUUAAAACCAGUACGCAGAAAUAUAUUUCAUGUAUUUGCAUUUAUUUAUUUGGCACAGGCUUUUAUCCAAAGUGACUUACCAACGAGGCAGGAUGCAAUCCAAGCAUUUAGCCGAGCAGUUGAGGGUGAAGGACCUUUCUCGAGGGCCUGACUGUGGCACUUUGGCAAUCCUGGGAUUCAAACUGACAACCGUACGAGCAUUACUUCAGAACCUUAACCACAGAGCCACAAUACCAGUUCCUAAAACCCCACAAUGUCCAUAUAGAUGUACAACCUUCAGUGUCCACACCAAAACAGUUAUUUAAAUCUUCAGCGUAAAUACAUAAAAACUCUGAAGUAUACAAUACCAGUCCUAACAAAACCCACGGUGUUGUUAUGGGUUCAGUGAUGUGAAUCU